AUGGUGGAAAGUAUGCAAGAAACCCUAGAAGUUGAGAGCUGCAUCAAAAGGUAUCCAUGGCUUAUUCAGAUGGUGACGUCGAAGCUAUUCCACGAAUUAUGCGAUCAACACAUCAACAAAAAACGAUGUUACUUUUGUUGCGAUUGUAUGAUUCCUCCUUUAUGCGAUCAAUGCUACAAAAGGAACGAGCACAAAGACCAUACUACGAUUCAGACAUAUAGAAGUUCGUACCAAUCCGGAGUAAGGAAAGAGGCGAUAUCAAAAUUUAUGGAUACAUGUGGGAUACAUACAUAUUCGAUAAACUCGUUUGCGAUCAUCUAUAUUAAUCAGAGACGUGAGAAUGGUAAUAAUCAUCGUCAUAGAAACAAUGUUACGCGUAAAUGCCAAGUUUGUGAAUGGGAACUUGAUGCUGCUUCUUCUGCUUUGUUCUGUUCUAUAGAAUGCAAGUUUAGGAAUACUCUUGGGUCACAAUUGGAUGAGCUAAUGGAGAAUUCAUCAUCAGAAGAUGUUGAACCUGUGAAGAAAAAACGAAAACAUAUAGGAGGAAAGGGAUUCCAUGUAGAUCUCCAUUAG